CAGACCCUUGGAUUCUUCUUCAAGGAUGCCUUAAAGAAAUUCUUGGUCACUCAGUGCAUUCUUCUCCCAGUUACAUCUCUCUUGCUUUAUAUAAUCAAGAUUGGUGGUGACUACUUCUUUGUCUAUGCAUGGCUCUUCACUCUGAUGGUGUCUCUGGUACUUGUGACAAUAUAUGCAGAUUAUAUUGCACCUUUAUUUGAUAAAUUCACCCCACUUCCUGAAGGAGAGCUAAAGGAUGCUAUUGAAACAAUGGCAAAAAGUAUUUCCUUCCCACUGACCAAAGUUUAUGUUGUUGAAGGCUCAAAGCGGUCCUCUCACAGCAAUGCAUAUUUUUAUGGAUUCUUUAAAAACAAGAGGAUUGUUUUAUUUGACACUCUCCUGGAGGACUACUCACCACUAAAUAAAGACGAUACAGAAGAGACCUCAGAAAAUGAAACUGCUGAAGUGAAGUUGAAAGCCAAGAACGCUAAUAAGAAGCAAGGCUGCAACAAUCCUGAAGUUUUGGCUGUUCUGGGACAUGAGUUGGGCCACUGGAAGUUGGGCCACACAGUAAAGAACAUAGUCAUUAGUCAGAUGAAUUCGUUUCUCUGUUUUUCUUUAUUUGCUGUGCUAAGUGGUCGGAAAGAACUUUUCGCUGCAUUCGGAUUCCACACAGCACAACCCACUCUCAUAGGCCUGAUGAUCAUAUUUCAGUUCAUCUUUUCUCCAUACAAUGAGGUUCUUUCAUUUUGUUUGACUGUGCUGAGCCGGAGGUUUGAGUUCCAAGCUGAUACCUUUGCUAAGAAUCUUGGAAAAGCCAGAGAUUUAUAUUCUGCCCUAAUUAAACUAAAUAAGGAUAAUUUAGGAUUCCCAGUUUCAGAUUGGAUGUUUUCAAUGUGGCAUUAUUCUCAUCCUCCCCUGUUGGAAAGACUACAAGCUCUGAAAGGUGACAAGCAAAACUGA